AACUUGAAACCUCUUCGUGGUGACAUUUCUUGCAGGGGAGCGGGAAAAGCACCGAACGGAACAGUGCGCAAACUGAAAAAUCCAACCUUUGAGUUCUAACUCUAUUAUCUGAACUAUAGGCUUUUUUCUCGGUUCUUUUCCUUGCUUCUAUUCAUGGCCAACGUCGUUGAUCGAGAUCAGCAUUGGUUGCUCAAUUGUUUGUCUGCCACACUUGAUCCCAACCAUGACGUGCGAUGUUUUGCUGAAGCUUCAUUGAAUCAGGCCUCCUUCCUACCGGGUUUUGGCACUGCGCUAUCAAAAGUUGCUGCAAAUAAGGAGCUUGCAGUGGGAUUGCGCCAAAUAUCCUUGUCAUAUUUGAUACAUCAAUAUAUUUCCCUCAUGCUUUCCAUCCUUCUUAAGGGAAGAAUACUGUCUGUGACACAGUUCUUAAUUGAUUUUCUGUGCCUGUGGUAAACAGUGAUUUUUACUUUUGACCAUUGGCAGAAGGCAUAGCUAGGACUGGUAAGAGAAAAAGAAUUUAAAACGAAAAUAUCUUUUUUGACAACUAAGGAAAUGUUUGUUGGUGUCUGAAAUAAUGCGGAGAACUUGAACUUUCCUUAUUCUCAAAUUUGAUCAGGAAAACAGUAAAUUGAUGUUUGUCAUAUCUUCUCUCUCCCCUUACAUUACAUUUGCUUUUUUUUUUUUUUUUUCUUUGGUGACAUAGCAAGAGUUACAUGCUUGGGUGUUGUUGAUAUUUGUGCUAGAAAGUAUCCACUUUCCAUGAGCCUUUUUUUUUUUUUUACAACUUGAAUGGCUUAACUUACCUCUACCUAGCUGCAGUCCUUUUGAAGCAGUUUGUUAAAAAGCAUUGGCAGGAGGGUGAGGACGCUUUUGAACCUCCUGUUGUUUCAAGUCAUGAAAAGGUGGUGAUCCGUGAAAUUCUUCUAUUGGCAUUGGAUGACUCUCACAAGAAAAUCUGCACAGCUAUCAGCAUGGCUGUGGCAUCUAUUGCAGAAUAUGACUGGCCAGAGUUUUGGCCAGACUUGUUACCAUUCCUCUUGAGGUUAAUUAGCAAUCAGGCCAACUUGAAUGGAGUGUAUGGAGCCAUGAGAUGCUUGGCGCUUCUCUCUGCAGACUUGGAUGAUCAAAUAAUUCCAACACUAGUACCUGCUUUGUUUCCAUGUUUGCUUACAAUUGUAUCUUCUCCCCAGAUAUAUGAUGCAUAUAUACGAAGCAAGGCCAUUACAGUAGUAUAUUCUUGCACUUCCAUGUUGGGGACAAUGAGUGGCGUCUAUAAGACAGAAACAGGAACCAUGAUAUUCCCUAUGCUUAAGCCAUGGAUGGCCCAAUUCUCUUCUAUUCUUGAGGUUCCAGUUCAAUCUGAAAAUUCAGAUGAUUGGGGUAUCAGAAUGGAGGUUUUGAAGUGCUUGAACAAGUUUGUCCAGAAUUUCUCAAGCCUUAUUGGCAGUGAAUUUGAGGAAGUAUUGCGAUCACUGUGGAAUACAUUUAUCUCCUCCUUGAGAGUGUAUGAACGAUCAUUGAUUGAUGGUAUAGAAGGUUCAUAUGAUGGAAGAUAUGAUUCUGAAGGUGCAGAGAAAAGCCUUGAUUCCUUUAUUAUUCAGAUGUUUGAACUUCUGUUGACUAUUGUGGGUAAUACAAGAUUGGGAAAGGCUGUUGUGGCAAAUGUGAAAGAAUUGGUCUACUACACUAUCUCUUUUCUGCAAAUGACAGAACAGCAGGUUCAUACGUGGUCAAUGGAUGCGAAUCAAUUUAUUGCUGAUGAAGAUGAUGCCAAUUACAGCUGCCGAAUUUCUGGUGCACUUUUGCUGGAACAAGUAGUUAAUUCUUAUGGCGGUGAGGGAAUUCUGGCCAUCAUAGAUGCUGCAAAACAACAGUACACUGAAUCUCAAAGCAGAAAAGUAGCUGGCAAUGCAAGCUGGUGGAAAAUAAGGGAGGCUACUCUUUUUGCAUUAUCAUUUAUUUCUGAGCAACUGUUGGAGGCAGAGGAUUCAGGUCUAGUAGCAAGUGGCUUUCACCACCUGGUUGAGCAGAUAAUCACUGAGGACUCUCUAAUAGGUUCUCAUGAAUACCCCUUUCUUUAUGCUCGUAUUUUUGCUUCAGUUGCUAAAUUCUCCUCCAUGCUAAGCAGUGGUGUUCUAGAACAUUUCCUUUAUGCAGCAGUGAAGGCAAUCACAAUAGAUGUGCCUCUGCCUGUGAAAGUUGGUGCUUGUCGUGCACUUUGCCAGCUCCUUCCUGAAACGAAGAAUGAAAUUACCCAACCACAAAUGUUGGGUUUAUUUUCAUCUCUCUCGGAGCUUCUUUCUCAAGCAUCGGAUGAAACCCUGCACAUGGUACUUGAAACUUUGCAAGCAACAAUUAAGGCAGGUCAUGAAUCAUCAGCGUUUGUGGAGCCCAUUAUUUCUCCUGUUAUCCUUAAUGUAUGGGCAUUGCACAUUUCAGAUCCUUUUAUCAGUAGUGAUGCACUUGAGGUUCUUGAGGCCAUCAAAAGUAUACCUGGAUGUUUACAUCCACUGGUUUCCAGAAUUUUGCCAUAUGUUGGACCAAUUUUAAGUAAACCACAAGAGCAGGUUGAUGGUUUGGUAGCUGGGUCAUUGGAUCUGGUAACAAUGCUACUAAAGAAUGCCCCUCGUGAUGUAGUGAAAGCAAUAUAUGAUGUUUGUUUUGAGGCCAUGGUCAGAAUAGUACUUCAAAGCAAUGAUCAUAGUGAAAUUCAGAAUGCCACAGAAUGUUUAGCUGCUUUUAUAUCUGAGGGAAGACAAGAAGUUCUUGCUUGGGGAUCUAAUUCUGAAGCAACUAUGAGAAGUUUACUUGAAAUAGCUUCAAGGCUUCUAGACCCAAAUUUGGAAAGCUCUGGAUCUCUUUUUGUUGGGAGUUACAUUCUUCAACUUAUAUUACAUUUGCCGUCACAAAUGGCAGUACAUAUACGCGACCUGGUUGCUGCUGUUGUCAGACGUAUGCAAUCUGCUCAAAUUGCUUCCUUGAGGAGUUCAUUGCUAGUCGUUUUUGCCAGAUUGGUUCAUAUGAGUGCUCCUAAUGUUGGACAAUUUAUUGAUUUGCUGAUCUCAAUUCCUGCUGAAGGCCAUGAUAAUUCCUUUGCUUAUGUAAUGUCAGAAUGGACUAAGCAACAAGGUGAGAUACAGGGGGCUUAUCAAAUAAAAGUUACUACAAGUGCUCUAGCCUUGCUGCUAAGCAGCUCGCACACUGAACUGGCAAAAUUAAGUGUUCCAGGCCAUCUAAUUAAGUCUGGUGUGGGAAUAACCACAAGGUCAAAAGCAAAAUCAGCUUCGGAUCAGUGGAUAAUAUUGCCACUUCCUACAAAGAUAGUGGCUUUACUGGCAGAUGCAUUAAUUGAAAUACAAGAGCAAGUUUUGGCUGGUGAUGAUGAGGAUGAUGACUGGGAAGAAGUUCAACCCGGGGAUGACAUUGAAAAUGAGCGAGGAUUUCUUUCUUCCUUGUCUGCUGCUGCUUCAGGGAAACCCACAUAUGAACAUCUUGAAGCAAUAGCAAAAACAUUUAAUGAGGAUCAAGAGGAUCAAUAUGAAGAUAACCUUUUAAGCAUUGCUGAUCCCCUUAAUCAGAUAAAUCUGGCAAUCUACCUCACGGAUUUUUUUGGUAACUUGUACCAAAAUGAUAGACAGUUUUUUGAUAACAUUUGUCAGAACUUGACUCAGGCUCAACGAAAUGCUAUUCAAACGGUGCUGCGGAGAUGAGUUUUAAUGGUCUAAAGCAAGAGAUGGUGCCCCCCCCCCCUUUUGAAUCAACGAACAGAUGGUUGAGAAGGCGUAAUCUGAUUCAGUUUUUUCCCCUUUUCCUUUUUCUUUUUCUUUUUUUUUAGUUUUUUUAUUUUUUAAAUGUAUUUUUCAUCAGUUUUGUGUGUUCAUUACAUUUUCAUUUGUUCUUGUACUAGGGCCCUGUGGAUGUGUCCUCCGAGGCGUAGAUUUAUUUUGGAGUUUGGAUUGUUCAAAUGUGAGUCUUUGAGAUGUGUAACUUAUUUGGCUAUCCAUCAUUUCAAUGAUCAGUUUUCCAUUGACAUUGGUUA